UUUAGACUCACGCUAAGUUUCAAACACAACUCUGUCUCUCUAAAAUCUCACUCUCUCUCUCUCCUCAUCAUCAGCAUCUUACCAUUUGGAAUUCAAAAGGAGCAAGAAAGUCAUUUACAGUAUCUAUUCAUUGCAAAAUCUGGAUUCAUUACUUAUUUCUUUUCCUUAUAAACUCUCUUCCUUCCUUUACUGUACCCCUUAAUUCCUUUUUUUAAUCCCAGGCUUUGUUCUACGUGUGGGUGUAUGUGUUUUCCUUUUACCAUUCCGUCUUUUAACGUUGGGGUCCUCUUUUUGUCAGAUGUUGUUAUGAAUCAGCGUGUUUUUGCGUCUUCUCUUUGACGAUUCCAUUGCUCUUCUCAUCUUUUAAGAGUCCUAUACUUUUGUGUCACUCUCAAAGCAAUCAUCCUUUACCUUCAUUGGACCUCUAAUUCCCCUUUUUGUUGUGUUAGAAACAGAGAAAUAGUGAAAAUAGCUAAUCAAAAGAAACAGAGCUUCAAUGGAUCACGAUAUGUUGUGUCCGAUCAAAUAUACAGAGCAUCGAAAUGUUAUUAGAAAAGUCACUAAACCUUCCCCAAUAAAAUCCAAAAAAUUUCCCGAACCCCAAAAAUCCAACCAAUACAAUCGCUCUAUUCCUCCUAGGACUGUUCGGAUAUCUGUUACAGACCCAGACGCAACGGAUUCUUCUAGCGACGAAGAAGACGAGCUUUUUGGAAGAAGGCGCGUGAAAAAGUACAUCAACGAAAUUAGUAUUGAAACCGCCGUUAAGUGUGAAGUCAGCAUGCCUACCAGUGGCAAAACGGCGGUGAAGAAACGAGCAGCUGACGUUCUUCAGCCUAAGCAGAAGCCAAUGAAGGUGAAGGAAGUACAACCCCCACAGUCGGCUGGUGCUGUUAGAAAGUUCCGUGGCGUACGUCAGCGGCCGUGGGGUAAAUGGGCUGCUGAGAUCAGAGACCCGGCUCGUCGGGUCAGGCUUUGGUUGGGUACUUACGACACUGCUGAAGAAGCCGCCAUGGUUUAUGACAACGCUGCUAUUAAGCUUCGUGGGCCCGACGCCUUAACCAACUUCAUCACUCCUCCCAAGCCUGAAAUCGAUGUCCCGUCAAACUCCGGCUAUGAAUCCGGGAACGAGUCCCGUAAUAUUCCUUCUCCAACCUCUGUUUUACGGUUUAGAAUGAGCCAGUCCAGUGAAGAAACAGAGCAACAAAGCCGGUCUGAACCGGUUCAGGAAGAGUGUCCAUCGGUUCAAGGACCGAUGGAGUGUGAGCAAACAGUUCAGGAUGUUGAGCCGGUUCAGGGUGUUGAACCGUUUGGGUUACCGGUUAAGCAGGAAAUGGAGGAGUGUCAGGGCGAGACCAGCAUGAUACCAGAUUACUCAAACGAUUAUUUGCCAACAGAUGUUCCGUUUUUAGAAGAUUUCUUCAAUUUCGAAGCAGCGGAACAGACAUUGUUUGAGGAUACAACGACAGGUUUUCCCAAUGAUUUUGGCACGUCGUACAAUGACACAUCAUCAUCGGAUUUUGUGAACGACUUCCUAUUUAACGAUGAUUUUGGCAAUUUUGAUGAUUCGUUUCAAGACUUGGGAACAUUAGGAGUGGAUGAUUAUUUCCAAGACAUUGGUGCUGAUUUUUCAAGUGUUGAUUCUCUGUUGGCAAUAUAAUUUCAGUUCUACUUUAUUAAAUUUUUGUGUCACAGUCCCGGCUUGCCAGUGUUAAUUGGCAAAUUUUGUCUUCCGGCGACAACAAGAAAUCGGCUAGAGUUUUGUUUAUUUUUUUCUUUGAGUAUAUUAGUAUUUAUUAGUAUUAUAUUUAUUCGUUUUAGAAUCUCCGUGAAAGUGAACGGAGUGAAGAGUGGAGUUUUAUUUUUAGUUUAUAGAUGUUGGCUUUAAAAUAAGUAGAGGUGUCCUUGGAAAGAGUUGUAUCGAAAAACUCUAUGGAGAUUUAAUGAGAAUCACAUCUUCACUGAAA